AUGUCUUCUGAAAAUAAGGAAAUAAUUGAGGAUAAAAUUUACAAAUAACAAACCAAAAUAGAUCAAUUAGCAAGGAAAUCUUUUAUUAUGAGAAAGAUAGAAUAGCCAAAAGAUGAACAUGAAUUGUAAUUACUUAAAAGAAUUGAAAAAGCCCGCUAUGAAAGAGAAGAAACUAAAAUUAUUCAAUCUCACUAGAUUUCAUCUCCUCAUUUUUGGUAGAUCUUCAUGAAGAGACACUACGAUUUAGGUGCUUGGCUUUUAUUGGAUGUAACAACUAAUUUUGCAUUAUAUUUCUUUGACACCAUUAGAGUCAGAACACAAGCACAGAAUAAGUACGUAGAUAUUUCUCAUUUCAAUCAAAACAAUGUCAAAAACCUUCCCAUCUAUUCUGGACUUCAUUAUAAACUAUCCUAUGUAAUCCUGAGUGAUAUUUUGCGAAAUUUCACAAAUCAAGUGAGAUAUCAAUUAUUUAUGGAUCCCUCCUCCUAAUUCGGUAACUAUAAUUAAUUAACCAAAAUUUUGAUACAUGGAUUGAUUGCAGAAACUACCAUCACAACACUAUUAUUGCCAAUUGAAAUAAGAAAGAUGGUAGUGUAAUUGGGUUCAUUUGAUGCUAACAUGAAUCACUACAUCAAAUCAUAUAUGAGAUGCUAUUUCCCAGCUUUAAUUAGGGAUUCCCUCUUCUUUGUCAGUCACUCAAUCACUUAUAAUCUACUGAUGUAUGGAGACCAUUACAUAACUUCACUCUUUAGAUCUGGGGAAUUCACUCCACCACCUAAUAUCUUAAGAGGUGAAAGGGAAAGGAAGUUUACAUGCAUGCUAGGAUCCUUAGGAUUAUCGAUUUUGAUCACGAAUCCAUUCGAUGUCUUGGUCUCCAAGUUGGCCACUCAAAGAAAUGAAUCAUACACUAACCCAUUCUAAGCAUUUAAGUUCAUAGUGUCUCAGGAAGGAUGGUCCAAGCUAAUUGCCAGUGCCAUCUCUUAAAGAAUUGGUUUCUACUUCCUCAAAGGACUGGUGUUCUUUAGUUAUUAGGAUCGUGUUUAUUAGAUGUUCCAUGAUGCAUUUAAUUAUGAGUGA